AUGGCCAGUGAGUUUUUCGAAUCGUGCAAGAAUGUUAAGUUUUCAGCCACGAAUGGAUUCGCCAUGGAUUUAAUUGGGGGUGGUGCUAAAACUUAUCAACUGUUUCUUAAAUUUUUGGGUGAUGAAAAACCAUUAUUGGGCGGAUCACCUUAUCAAAUCAAUUUUGAGUAUGAGAUGACCGAAGAACAAAAAAGUGCUGGUAUUCAAUUGAGAAAUGACCCUGUAAGGAAAUGUUCCGAUAAAGAAUACAAGUGUGCAUGUACCGAUUGCGCAAGUUCAUGUCCUAAGUUACCCCAUGCCAGAUCUUUAGAAAAGAAAUGUAAAGUGGGGAUUAUGCCUUGUUUUUCAUUUGCUAUAUUGAUUAUUUGGUUGUGUUUAGUGAUUCUAUUAGGUGGGUAUCAUGUUUAUUUGGCAAGGUUGAAGAAACGACCAAGACACCCUUCAAUUGUGGAAGAAGAUAAUUAUUAUAAUAAUGUAAUUAGUCCAUUGAGUUAUGUCACAUUGAGACAACCAGGGGUUAAGGAUUUACUGCAAAAAUUAAAUUGGAAGAUUCUGGAUCUCUUUAGCAGUAUUGGAUUCUUUUGUUCAACAUUUCCAGGUAUCACGAUCGGAUCAACUUUAUUAAUCACAGUAUUGCUUUCGCUUGGUUUAUUUAAAUUGGAUUUGGAAACAAACCCCAUUAACUUGUGGGUAAGUCCACAGGAACCUGCUUUAAAAAAUCAGCAAUUUUUUGAAUCUAGUUUUGGGGAAUGGUUUAGAAUUGAGCAAAUAAUCAUAAGUUCAAAGACAGACGAGCCAGUCUUAAACUGGGAAACCGUCCAAUGGUGGUUCUCCAAAGAGCUUGAAUUAUACGAGAUAAACAAAGAAGUUGAGUUGUCAGACAUUUGCUUUAAGCCGCUUGACGAUGCAUGCGCUAUAGAAUCAUUUGCCCAAUACUUUUACGGAGACAUAAAUGCAAUCAAUGAAAACAACUGGCAGGAAAAGUUACAGAAUUGCGUCGAUUCCCCAGUUAAUUGUUUGCCCGCGUUUGAACAGCCAUUGAAACCUAAUUUGUUGUUUAAUAAUAAUGAUAUUUCAAAAGCCAAGGCAUUCACAGUAACAGUUUUAAUUAAUAGCAAUUCAUCCAGUACUGAACUCACGGAAUCAACUGUAAACUAUGAACAUCUGUUCCAGAACUGGGUACAGGAUUUACAAGCAAAUAAUCCCAACUUGAACAUUGCAUUUAGUACCGAGGUAUCAUUAACAGAAGAACUUAACAAGUCUACAAAUACAGAUAUAAGAAUCAUUGUAAUUUCCUACUUGGCCAUGUUUAUUUAUGCUUCCCUUGCAUUAGGAGGGAAAUUACCCAACACAAACAUCUAUUCAUUAGUGAAGACGAGAUUUAUGUUGGGAUUAUGUGGAAUUUUAAUUAUUUUAUUAUCAGUGACAGCAUCUGUGGGAUUCUUUUCCAUUAUCGGAUUGAAAUCAACAUUGAUUAUUGCUGAAGUCAUUCCAUUUUUGAUUUUAGCAAUUGGUAUAGAUAAUAUUUUCUUGAUUGUCCAUGAGCUUCAUUUGGCUACCGAGGAGAAUCCCGAUCUAUCACUUGAGCAAAGAAUAGCCAUGUCAUUGGGCAACAUUGGUCCCUCGUGUUUUAUCAGUGCCAUUUUGCAAGUUUCUAUGUUCCUAUUAGCCACUGCAGUCGAUAUGCCUGCCGUUAAGAACUUUGCUUUUUAUAGUGCUGGCGCUGUGUUUAUCAAUUUCAUUCUUCAGAUGACGUGUUUUAUUGGAUUGCUUACAUUAGACCAGAGACGAUUGGAGGAUAAUCGCGUGGAUUGUGUUCCUUGGAUUACCAUUGCUCCUGUGGAAUUACCAGAGGGUGAAAUAGAAGAACAAGAAAUACAAGAACAGGCUAAUGAAGAAGACGUUAAGCAUUUGGAGUACAACUUUUCUCAUUGGGUCAGUAAGUACUACGCACCUGUGAUUUUGGCACGCACAGCCAAACCCAAGAUUUUAACAUUCUUUGUAUUGUGGUUAGGCAUAUCUUUAAGUUUAUUCCCUGAGAUUAAAUUUGGACUUGACCAAAGAGUCGCCAUUCCUUCGGAUUCGUACUUGAUUAAUUAUUUCAAUUCAGUGUAUGACUACUUCAAUGCGGGUCCACCGAUGUUCUUUGUGGUUAAGGAUUUGGAUGUUACAAAUAGAACCAACCAGCAGAAGAUAUGUGGUAGGUUUUCCACAUGCAAUGAAUAUUCAUUGUCGAAUAUACUCGAACAAGAGUUCAAGAGACCUAAGAAAUCAAUGAUGGCCGAACCUGCAACCAGUUGGUUGGAUGAUUUCUUGAGUUGGUUGAAUCCUGAUUUGGAUCAAUGUUGUCGAUUUAAAAAGAGUUCAGUAUUUGAAGACAAUCGCGGAGAAUUUUGCACUCCACAUGCCCCGGAACGUCAAUGCCAGCCAUGUUAUCUCAACCACAGUCCUCCUUAUGAUGCUAGUAUGGAUGGAUUCCCUGAAGGUGACAAUUUCAUGUUUUAUUUUAAUCAAUGGAUUGAAGAACCUAGCGAUCCUUGUCCAUUAGGUGGGAAGGCACCCUAUGGUAACAGUAUUGCUCACAGUAAGUCAGGUAUCAGCGCUAGUUAUUUCAGAACUUCACACGUUGCAUUGAGGUCACAGGAUGAUUUCAUCCAUGCUUAUGGUCAUGCGUUGAGAAUAGUCAAUGAGAUCAAAUCAUUUAUUAAAGAUAUAGAUAUCUUUGUGUGGUCACCAUUCUAUAUUUUCUUUGUGCAGUAUAGAACCAUCUUGGAGUUGACUUUUGGAUUAUUGGGUGCCGCCAUGGGGAUUAUUUGGAUAGUAAGCUCAGUGUUAUUGGGUUCAGUGAGAUCAGCUGCGGUUAUGACAGUUACUAUUAUUUCCAUCUUGAUCAAUAUCGGAGGUGUUCUCGCCAUUUGGGGAGUCUCGUUAAAUGCAGUCAGUUUGGUUAACUUGAUAAUUUGUGCUGGGUUAGCAGUUGAAUUUACUAUUCAUUUGACAAGAGCAUAUUGUAUUAGUAAAGCAUCAAUAUUUGACGAAGAAAACGACGAAACGUUGUAUAAUAAUUUCAUGUCAGUUGAUUCUACAGCUAAUCUAUAUGGAUUAUCAGAAAAUAUUAGAAAUGUCAAGGCUUACAACGCACUCAGCAGCGUUGGAGGUUCAAUGAUUGCCGGUAUUACCUUGACCAAGUUUAUUGGUAUUUCCGUGUUGGCGUUCACAAGAUCAAAGAUAUUUGAAAUUUACUAUUUUAGAAUGUGGUUUGCUUUGAUUUUAAUUGCUGCAACCCAUUCACUUUGUUUACUUCCGAUAUUAUUGAGCUUUUUUGGUGAUGAUCAGCGACCAAAAACGAGAGUUACGGAAAUUAGAGCAAACUAUGAAGCUGAAGCUGAUGCGUAUAUUGAUUUCCCUGACGAUAGUGAUAGAUCUUGA